CCGUCACCUACUGACCUGCCCUUCACCUUCACGGUUAACAUCCAACACUCUGUUCCGGAAUGUACUAACCUAUAGCUUAACUGCCCAAUAUGUCGGACAUCGCGGUUGGGCAGUCAAUUCGUCUUAGCGACGGCCGCAAUGCUACCGUUCGCUAUGUCGGACAGACUCAUUUUGCUGCAGGUGAUUGGGUUGGUGUCGAGCUCGAAGACGACAGCGGGAAGAACGAUGGAGCGGUUCAAGGCGAACGAUACUUCGACUGUCCACAAGGAAGAGGAAUGUUUGUUCGCCCUAUAACAGUCACUGUGUUACAAGCUGCACCACCACCUCCGAAGUCUACAGCCCCUAUUCGAAGGGGUUCUCGCACAAGCACAGCUCCGGGACGAUCAAGUUCUGUGACCGAUCCCACCAUGCCGAAGCGGAUGAGCCUUAAUGCUCCCAGCCCUAGCCCAGUAUCUAGAACCCGACCUUCUAGCAUUGGGAGAUCUCCUACAAAAUCUCCCACAAAACAACUUGGAACAGGUCCAUCUAGCCUUACGAACUCGAGAACCGGUACACCAUCAAAUGCUCGCAUCUCAUCAAUUGCUCCCAAAACUCGCGCUUCAAUUAGUGGAGGACGAUCGUCUAUGGGUCCACCUCCGCUACCUUCCACUGGACCUAGAAGACAAGCUUCGACAUCAUCUACUUCGGGGAGAGUUGUAAGUGGCGCUACGAGGCCUGCUGGCGGACGAGUUUCUUCCAUAACUGGUCGCGGUGCUGCCCGUCCUACUUCCGGAAGAGUAAGGUCAGGGGAUUCGCUAUCGGGAGGAGAAGGUGGAAACAGAUCCGGCUUAGGUUCGCCUCUCAAGAGCGACGGCGAGCAAACGAGUCCUGUUCAAUCUAGGACAAGAGCCCUAGAAAGGCUCACAUCCGCAGGCCGAUCAGCGACGUCUUCGAAAUCGGCAAUGGGUAGCGCAGCGCCGUCAAGGACUCCCGGGAGCGCGGGUCCCAGUGGUCGUCCGGUCGCUUCCAACGCAGUUACUAGGGAGAAUGAGGACCUGAAGGCAAAACUGAAAGUCCUCGAGCGUAAGCGAUCGGAGGACCGAGAGAAGAUGAAAGAGAUGGAAAGGCUCCAAGAACAACGCGACAAGUUCGAAACUAUCAAUAAGAAAAUUGAGGGCAAAUAUCAGACAACGGCACAGGAGAAUGUCGCCCUGCGCAAGCAACUCAAGGAAGCCGAAGAACGCUUAGAGCAGAUUGAGACUCUACAGGCUGAACAUGAUUCCGUCAUGGAACUUGCAACAUUGGAUCGAGAAAUGGCCGAAGAAACAGCUGAAGUCUACAAGGCGGAGCUCGAGGCCUUAAAACAGAAAGUGGAAGAGCUAGAGCUCGAGGUUGAAAUUCUGCGCGAGGAGAAUACCGAAUACUCCCAGGGGAUGUCUCCUGAAGAACGAGCGAGCGCAGGAUGGCUGCAGAUGGAACGCCACAAUGAGCGGCUACGUGAGGCUCUCAUCAGACUGCGAGAUCUCACCCAGCAGCAAGAAGAAGAGUCUAGGGCACAAAUCAAGGCAUUGGAGAAGGACCUUGCAGAUUUUGAAGCUAUCAAGGAACAGUACCAAAUCGCCAAGGAGAAAUUAUUGGAAUCCGAGACGCGUGCCGAAGACCUCCGACAGCAGCUCGAUGAUAACCUGGGCGCAGAGACUAUGAUCGAACAACUGAGCUAUGAGAAACUACAACAGUAUGAGCACAUCAACGAAUUGAAGGCCGUGAUUGAUGACCUCGAAGCAUUGAAGGAAAUUAACGAUGAGCUUGAAAUCAACCACGUUCAGAAUGAGAAGGAAAUGCAAGAGGAGCUCGAUCUCAAAGAUAGUGUCAUUGCAGAACAGGCUCGAAGAACUGCCGAAAGGGACGAUACCAUUUCCGAUUUGGAGUACACACUUUCCCGAUUCAGAGAGCUUGUCACGAAUCUUCAGACCGAUUUGGAAGAUAUACGUGCCUCUCACGCUGUCAAUGAGGCGGAGUCUGAACAACUUAAUAGUAAGUCAAGAGCUAUGAUGGAUCUCAACCAGAAGCUCCAGAUCUCGGCUGCGAAGACACAAGUCAAGACUAUCGACCUAGAGCUGCAGCGCAUGGAUGCCCAAGAAGCACAACAGCAUCUCCAGAUUAUCAAAUUGUUCUUGCCCGAGAGCUACAAUACCGACAAGGAUUCUGUCUUAGCAUUGCUACGGUUCCGCCGACUGGCCUUCAAGGCGAACUUGCUCCAUGGAUUUGUUAAGGAACGCAUCAAUGGACAAGCGCACCCUGGUCACGAAGAUGAUGUGUUCGCUGGCUGCGACGCCUUGGACAAACUUAGCUGGGUAUCUUCUAUGUGCGAUCGGUUUGUUAAUGCUAUUAGCCACUGCUCGCUGGAGGAAUUUGCCAAAUAUGAAGGUGCCUUGUACGAACUGGAGCCGGUUGAGAGGGCUCUGAAUGCCUGGAUCGAUGGUUUACGACGCGACGAGCUGAAGGAGAAGCAAUGUGCCAGCGAAUUGCAACGCACUAUCGCCCUCAUGACACACCUAGGCGAGGUGCACAUUUCGGAGGGACUCGAGAGCUUUGCCGAUGAAAUGCAGAUGAAGACGAUCUUGAUGCAAAGUCACCUAGAGUCUGCUGCUACUGCAUUUAAUGUGGUGAAGGAUAUGGUUCAAAGAGUCAUACCACCCAACAACGAUGAAGACGAGCUUGCUCAACAUUUUGCUAAGAAGUCCGAGGCCGUCAUUAGCCAAACUCGUAGCGCAAAGGUUAUUAUAAGCAAAGCAGUGCGAUCUUUAGAGGAUCUUCGAGCGAGAUCCUUGGCUCUUACUCCCGAUACUGCCGAGGCAUUCGAGCAGUGCGAAACCUCAAGUCAAGAGCUUGCGGAGAUGUCCCGAAAGAUUGGCAUCGAUCUUCAUGCGCUACUUAGCGAGGAAGGUCGCCCGGAGCCAUUUACGUAUCCUGAAGUGCAGAGUACGGUUCAUCGUACAAUAAUGACUACCUUCUCAUCAGCCGAGUCUGACCUUUUCUCCACUUAUCUCUCCAAACUCCGUGUUCUUACAGGUCAAAUCACCGAUCUUGCAGCUGUCUGCGCCGACCUAUCACAAACACAGGAAUUCGAACGUAGCAUAGCACCAUGGCUUCUUCGUGCACAAGAGCUUAAGGCUCUUAAGACAAUCCCGAUCGAUGCCGAAGAAGAGCUGCGACAAGUUAAGGAACAUUAUAACGAGGCUCGUCGCACAAUCGCUUUGCGUGAUGAGAACCUCAGCACAGCCACUCUCCGUAUCGAGACACUCGAAGCGCGCAUGCGUGAUGCAAAUACCAAGGCUUCUCGCAUUGCAGAUCUCGAGGCGCAAAUUGUGGCUGCACAAGAGUUGGUAGCAAGUCUCAAGAAAGACAUUGAGCAGCAAGAUCGUGAGGCCAAGACCCUUGAGGCCGAUCGCGACAAGUGGAAGAAGAUCGCUGGCGACAGCAGAGCAUUUGGAGAUGAGGCGGGUGACAACGCCGCCGGGGCUAAGGCUGGCCAGGAGCGCGCCGUGGCCACAGCUCGCGAGAUGGAUACCCUCAAAGCCGAAAUCGCCAGUCUCCAGGAAGCAGUCCGAUACCUACGCGAAGACAACCGACGCGCGCGCACUACGGAGCAAGCUAGGCAUGACUGGCUUGCUGAGCCUCUGGUUAAACCGAGACCUGCGGCGGAACAGCGCAAGCAACUUGUGGCGGCUGAGAGUAGAGACGCGCUAAGCGAGCUGCUCAAGAUGGCAACAUCUGCUCAUGUCUUCGAUCUAGGGUCUCUGCCUAAGGACAAGCAAGCGUGGCGUCCGGCGAAGUCUACACCACAAUACCACUCUGCGAAGUUACACGAAGAUUACGAGGCAUGGAAGAGUUGGGAAGCUUCUAUCGUGCAGAAGUCUAAGGUAGUACUCGGGGCCGAACCAGGCCGAAAGAGGCAGCAGGAUUCUGAACAAGCUAGGAGCAUGCGUAGGGCUGCUGCUAAGCUUCAGAUCAGACUCCCUGAUGUUGAUGGUAAGAUGAUACCUGGCGGCAACGGCAAGGGGGUCCAGGUUCUAGGGUCUAGGGAGUGGCAGAACUUGCAGGGAAAACUUUCCCCGGCUAUAUAACCCUGGUUUUGUAA